CUCACACACAACUGCGUUCCGUUUUGUUCCAUAGACAGAUCAGUUGUGUCCGUGCAUCCUCAAGAAAAGCAGUUUUACUGUCCAUCAUUGGAAAUUUCAUUUCAAGACCAAGACAUGGACUAUUGAAAGAUAUUUUAGUGAUUCAUGAACAGGACCUAUCCGUAAUUAAUUUUCAAUGCUUAAAUAAAUAUAGCGCGCGUAAGAGCCGCUGCAGCUGCGCGCUUGGAGGCGCAUUUUACGCGCAAUGGAGAGUCUUCUGAAAGACGCUGUUUUCUGGUCUUUAAACGACUCAUGGACGAAUUCAAGCAGCGGAAACGACAGCAGAGGAUUUAAUCAAACAGUAAACCCUCUAAAGCGUAACGAAGAAGUGGCUAAAGUUGAAGUAACCGUUUUGGUUUUGAUCCUACUGUUCGCGCUUGCCGGCAACCUGUGCGUCCUUUUGGCAAUCCAGACAAGUAAACACGGCCAGUCGCGGAUGUAUUAUUUUAUGAAACACCUGAGUAUUGCCGACCUGGUGGUGGCGGUUUUUCAAGUGCUCCCCCAACUCAUCUGGGACAUCACCUUUCGCUUUUAUGGACCGGAUAUUCUGUGCCGCCUGGUUAAAUAUCUACAGGUGGUUGGCAUGUUCGCAUCCACGUACAUGCUUGUGCUGAUGUCCGUUGACAGAUUUUUGGCUAUAUGGCAGCCGCUGCGGUCUUUACGCCGUCGAAAAGACAGUUUGUACGUGAUCGUGUCCUGGAUUUUAAGCCUGCUCUUCAGCGUGCCACAGGUGUACAUCUUCUCGCUCAGAGAGGUCGGUGACGGAGUGUACGACUGCUGGGGAGAUUUUGUUCAGCCCUGGGGCGCGAAGGCGUACGUCACUUGGAUUAGUCUCACCAUCUAUAUAAUUCCUGUGGCCAUCUUAAGUGUUUGUUAUGGCCUGAUAAGUUAUAAAAUAUGGCAAAACUUCAAACUAAAGACCCGGCGGGAACAGUGCCUGUCGUUGACCCCGCGGCCCGCAAAGGGCACUGCGUUCUCUCGCGUCAGCAGCGUCAAACUGAUCUCCAAAGCCAAGAUCAGGACGGUGAAAAUGACGUUUGUGAUCGUCCUGGCUUAUAUUAUCUGCUGGACGCCGUUUUUCUUCGUACAGAUGUGGUCAGCAUGGGAUCCAAUGGCUCCAAGAGAAGCCAUGGCGUUCAUCAUUGCCAUGCUUUUGGCCAGUCUCAACAGCUGCUGCAACCCCUGGAUCUACAUGUUUUUCGCUGGUCAUCUGUUCCAGGAUCUCAUGCAGCGCUGUCUUAUGACAUCACACUGCGGCUGUAAGAGAUUUUGGAGAUCUAGGAACCAUUCAGGCACUGGUGCAAUGAGGAACACCAGCAGCCAGAAGAGUGUUACACAGACCUCCACUACUUGAGACUUCAUGAGGAAUACCAGCAGUUCAUAUAACAUCCUUGUCAGAACAAUAAGAUAAAACGAUCCAAGUUAAGGAAUCAUUCAGCAUGCUUAUGGUUUUAUGCAGUUGAAUACCUCAACAACCUGGAUAAUCUCAAAUCCUCUUCGGUCUACAACACUUGCCAAAAAACGUAUGCUUGUGUACAUUAAAAUGUGACAUUUUCAUGACAGGAGCAGCCCACUAUUCAGCACUCAUACAUGUUUGUACUUGUAAAUUCAAGAGUUCAUCUGUUCAUAUAAUCCUAGAGAGUGAUUCAUGCAAAUAAGUCUGACUUGCUGUCCAUAACUGAGAUGUACUCAACUCAUGCUCUGAAAAUCCCUCCUGGGAAAACUUAAUGAAAGUUACAUUCUUCUGUGAAACAAAAGAAGAGAUCUUAGGAAGAAUGUCCGAGAUGUUGUUUUACCAGGAAAGUGGAUGUAUUUUAUACUGCCAAGCACCAAUAAGGACAAAAACGAAUGAUAAGAGAAGUUCAAAUGACUGAAAACACAGCAUAUGACCUAUUUACUCAUUCAUGUGUCUUUCUGAACUACAGUCAGCUACUAUCAGCCUAACUAGUAUCAUAUGAAGUUAUACAGCACACUUUCUAAGUAAUCAAUAUCAUUAGUUCAGAAUCAGCACAACUUUUAACUGUAUGUGAAUGUAUUUAAUUUCUUUUGGAGAAACUUUAAUUAAAUGAAGAGUUCACCCAAAUAAAAAUGCUGUCAGCAUUUACUCACCUGCAUGACUUACUUUCUUCAUUGGAAUAUAAAAUGUAAUAUUUUGAAGAAUGUUGCACACGCUGUUAUUUUCCAUACAAAAAGAGAGCAGUAACAAGGGGCUGUCAAGCUUCAAAAAAGCCACAAAACUGAAAUGAUUUGCUAAUUUGCAAGUACUCUGAAGCUAUACAAGCCAUAUCGACUACCUUUAUAGUGCAUUUUGUCCAAAUGGGAGCUUGACAGCCUCUGCCAACAAUGCUUUUAUUGGGGGCCUCAGUAGCUCAGGGAGCAUUGACGCUGAUUACCACCCCUGGAGUCGCGAGUUCGAAUCUAGGGUGUGCUGAGUGACUCAAGCCAGGUCUCCUAAGCAAACAAAUUGGCCCGGUUGCUAGGGAGGGAAGAGUCACAUGAUGUAACCUCCUUGUGGUCACAAAUAGUGGUUCUCACUCUCAAUGGGGCACGUGGUAAAUUGUGUGUGGAUUGCAGAGAAUAGCAUGAGCUAUAUAUAUAUGCUGUGAGUCUCCGCGGUGUCAUGCACAGCGAGCCAUGUGAUAAGAUGCGAAGACUGAAUAUUUCAGAAGCGGAGGCAACUGAGACUUGUCCUCCACCACCCAGAUUGAGGUGAGUACCCGCGCCACCACGAGGACUAGUAAGUAGUGGGACAUGGACAUGCCAAAUUUGGGAGAAAAGGGGAUAAAAAAACAAUGAUUUUAUUACAUGGAAAAGAGCAGCUAUCUUAUUUUGUGUUCCAUGGAAAGAAAGACACAUUAUAUUGGAAUGACAUGAGAGUGAGUACAUGAUGACAGAAUGUUUUAUUUUUGGGUGAACAAUGACUUUAACUUUAAUAUUCAAUAGUUUUGAUGUUCUACAGUGUGCCUACUUUCUACAUCAGUGCUUUGUAAAAAUAUAAAUAUAUAUAUUACACACAGCAGCUCAAAAAGUUUGUCACUGUGAUAUACUUGAAAGUAA